CGAUUCUCAACGGUGAUCGCAGCAGCCUCUGGGACACGACAUGCUUACAGGUGAGAAGAUGUCAUUAACUCAGCAGCUAUAUUGUCUCCUGCAAGGAUAAUUCGGGACAUUUUCCGAAUGUAGAGGGAAAAUGCAAUCGAAAUCUUGGACGCCUAAACGCCUGGCCUUGUCCUGUUCAGGUUUACCCUCUCGUUCUCCUCGACUAAGUCGGGAAUGGCGGGAGCACCGGGACUUUACGUCUUACGGGGUAACAGGCAGAAGUACAUCACACCCUGACAUCAGGUCAGCUUUCAAGACCUCUACAUCCUUAGGAUAACUGCUGAACAACUUUCACCUCCUCUCGAUAUCCCCUAGCAGUCCACCUCCUCUUCGCGAUCUCUCGAGAAUCAAUCCAGCAAUACCGGCCGACACCAACAUGCCAUCAACAGUCACCGACAAAGCCCUGAUAGUCCCAGGACUAUCCUAUGUCUUCGCACGGACCUUCCUCUCACUAUUGGGCAGUCCCUUUCGAGGAGCAAAGGGCGCUCCAACGAUCAGUGAACAUGUCCAAACCACCGCUUUUCGAACCAUAUUCACGCACUUCACCACGGGUCAAUUGCAGAUGCUCAUCCCACCUUUCAUCUCUUCGUAUGAGAAAUUCUGUAAACAGCACAAACUUCCUGCCCAGAUUGUCGAUAUCCCAGGCACGUCCACGAAGGGCUUCUGGCUUGGCAACCCGGACUCAGCGACAUACGUGAUGCUCUAUUUCCAUGGCGGCGGAUUCGUCAUGCCCGGCUUUCCCGACCAUCUGGACCUCCUCUUCCGCUUCGUGCAGUGGUCAAACGGCAAACUCGCCGUCUUCUGUAACGCAUACACGCUCGCCCCUCAGGGUCUCUAUCCCUUGCAAAUCGCCGAAAGUGUCGAAGCACUUCGCUAUCUGCUCUCUCUACCCGGCCGCACGCCCGAUACAACAUUGCUCGGAGGAGACUCUGCCGGCGGCAACUUGGUAUGCGCCGUGCUCAGCCACAUCUCUGGCCAUCCGCAUCCGAAUUCCAAUAUUGUCAAACCGUUUGAACUAUCCGGCAAGCUGCACGGCGCAGUGAUGAUCGCGCCAUGGGUCUCCUCUGACCACACCAAGUUCAAGUCCAUGACCGAAUUCCAGCAUCGGGAUAUCGUCAACCCAGUGUGCGCGAACUAUUGGAUCGACUCAUAUAAAGGCCGAGGCAAGGGCGUGAAGGAUGACGAAUACACUGUUCCCGAGCUCGCGCCAGGAAGUUGGUGGUCAGGCUCGAAAGUAUCCUCCGUGCUGGUGACGGCCGGCCAAGAAGAAGCACUGCGCGAUGCAAUCGUCAGCUUUGCUGAGAAGUUCAAGCAAGGUGUUGGUGGCGACGUGCUGAAAUUGGCCAUAGGCAAGAAGGAGAUCCAUGAUGCUCCGUUGAAGCCCCAGCCGGACAGCGAGCUGAAGAAGUUGGGAGAUGAUUGUCAGGAGGCUGCUAUCAGAACUUGGUUGAGCGAGAGAUUGCAGUGAGAUAGAGAGUACAUAUGAUGCGAAUGCAAGAGAGACAAAACAUUACCAUUAC